AUGGUUCACAGCAGCAGCAUCUGCAGAUUCCUCCUCCUGGUGCUCCUAGGCAUCAUGGUAGCCUUUGUACACACAGAGACAGUUGCAGACCCUGCCUCAACAACCAGGGACAACCAGGACACCAUGUCUGGAGAGCCACCCAGUGACCUCACCACCAAAGAGCCUUUCCAGGAAAUGACGGAGCAGGCCUUCACCUCCGACUACGAGGACACCACACUCUCCCAGGACAUGGACGUGGACGAGGAGGAAGGUGUUCUGGGGCCAGGGGCCAUCACAGCCAUUGUUAUAGCAGUCUUCCUGGGAGCAUCUGUCCUCCUCGCCCUCAUUGUCAUCACACUCAGGAAGUUUACCGCCUCCUAGAGUGAAGACAUUUCAUCUUGUGUAUACUUGUCUGUGUGUGUGUGUGUGUGUGGGUGUGGGUGUGGGUGUGUGUGUGUAUGCCACACAGUGUGUCAGCGUUUCUCUUUUGCCUCCCAUCUGAAUUUCUCAACUCUUAACCCAGUCCUUAUUUUUCCUUUAAAGAUUAGUUGUGUAUUUUACUUUACUGUAGAUGCUAAAAAACUGUGGCAGGUCCCCUGACUGACUAUUUACAGAUUUACUGUAAACACACUCUUAAAUGUUGCUCAACAUGUCUACUUGUUCCUGAAGGUAUAAUGUUAGAAACUGGCUGGCUCUUCCAGUGGAAAUCAUAGCAUGUCCAUGUCCAUUUUUCUUCCUUCCUUCUCAUAGUCUUACACGCAUGCUCUAAAGGGUUUUAAUGUGUGUGGGCUGUUUGUCCUGGGAGUUUGAUGUGAA